GGGGAGAGAGGGCUCGGGUUUCGCGUUCGGGACGGAAGGGGGAAGAAAUAAUUUAAAUGACACGAAAAUAACGUGAAGUCUCACGUUAUAGCGGCAAGCACGGACUACAGCGCACCGCACCCUUCCAACAGACAGACGAACCCGAACGGGAAUCCCCGGUGGGUAUGCGGGGAACUUUCGCCGUGCCUGCUCGCUCCUCUCCGGCUGUCUUUUGUUUUUGAGCGUUAGUGUUUUAGCAAGCUGAGCUAGCCGAGCUAACAACUUACCACCAGCCCUGCCUUGUGUCAACCAACCGACAUCGCCGUUCAGGUUGCCUCAGUCCUUGGAGUAACAGUGUGUCGCCGGAACGUUACAAGUUUACCCUGCUGGCCAGUACACACACACACACACACACACACACACACACACACUCACGGUGAUAUGCGGUUCCGCAUUCUGCAUCUCAUUAUCUACAGUUGGUAGCCUAGUCGCCGUUAUCCCGAACAAAGGAGAGAUGAACUUACGGGAACCCGAUCAAUGUCUGUGACAUUCGCUACGGUUUCGGCGACAGAGAAGGACACCGGUGGCUUUUGUUUCUUAUCACACAAACGAGCUUCGUCCGGGAGGUGGGAUUCCGCGUGAGGACCAUGGCAUCGGUGAAAUCGAAGGCAGGAGCGAACAAUGAGAGCAGCCCGUACCGGGAGAGCGCGCGGGCCAGCGCAGGUAGCCCGUCGCUCGUGGCCGGUGCCGCAUCGCUGUCGUUGACCGGCAGCCGAGCAUACUCGCUCGAGGACUUUGACACCGUCGCCACUGUGGGCACGGGCACGUUCGGGCGUGUUUUUCUGGUUCGGGAUAAGAAGAGCCGCGGGUUCUUUGCACUGAAGGCCAUGAAGAUCCCCGACGUGAUCAGACUCAAGCAGGAGCAGCACGUCCACAACGAGAAGGAGGUCCUCAGUGAGGUCAACCACCCCUUCCUCAUCAAGCUGUUCUGGACUCAUCACGACGACCGGUUCCUCUACAUGCUGAUGGACUACGUUCCGGGCGGAGAACUCUUCAGCUACCUGCGGAGCCGCGGUCGCUUCGGCAACACCACGGGCAUGUUCUACACGUCGGAGAUCGUGUGCGCCAUCGAGUACCUGCACGCGCGGAACAUCGUGUACCGCGACCUCAAGCCCGAGAACAUCCUGCUGGACCGCGACGGACACAUCCGGCUCACCGACUUCGGCUUCGCCAAGAAGCUCUCCGACAGGACCUGGACGCUGUGCGGCACUCCUGAGUAUCUGGCCCCUGAGGUCAUCCAGAGCAAAGGCCACGGCCGCGCCGUCGACUGGUGGGCCCUCGGAGUGCUCAUCUUUGAGAUGCUGGCAGGGUAUCCUCCGUUCUUUGACGAUAAUCCAUUUGGCAUCUACCAGAAGAUCCUGGCCGGAAAGCUGGAAUUCCCACGGCAUCUGGAUUUCUACGUAAAAGAUCUCAUCAAGAAGUUCCUGGUGAUUGACAGAGCAAGGAGGCUGGGCAACAUGAAGAAUGGAGCAGACGAUGUAAAAAAGCACCGCUGGUUCAAACCUGUUGACUGGGACGCCGUCCCUAUGAGGAGACUCAAACCCCCCAUCGUCCCAAAGGUGUCCCACGAGGGCGACACGUCCAACUUUGACAUCUACCCCGAGGACGAGUGGAAGAAAGAACCUCCGGUUCCGCCCAAGGACCUCGAGGUCUUCAAGAACUUCUGAGGCAUAUCAACUCUACUCUCCCCACUCUUCCUCUCUCCCUCUCUCCCACUCUCCCUCUCUCCCACUCUCCCUCUCUCCCACUCUUUCUCUCUUUUCCUCUCUCCCUCUCUCCCACUCUUUCUCUCUCUUCUUCUCUCCCACUCUUUCUCUCUCUCUGUUGCUCUCCCCCUCCCUCUCUAUCUCUCUCUAUCCCUCCAUCGCUCUGUCUGUGUCUUCUUGUGAAGAUGACCAGUCCAACGGUCCACUUCUCCUCCGGGCCCCCCGUGGUCACUGAGAUCAAAAGACUCCUGCCGGUUUUGGGCUUAGCCGGUACCGCCGCGUUAUGUCAGUUUUAAACCUGACUUAUCUUUUCUGCUGGAGUUCAAAGAUCAAAGGUCAAAGGUUACAUCUUACGCAGACUCUACUGGACACCUGAUGCCUUUGAGAGAGCUGAAGUAGCCGUUGGUUUUACUCCGAGCCCCCCCCCCCCCUCCUCCUAACGGUCAUCUGGUGCUGGUGUUCCACCACGCUGGGGGCGUUCUGGCACAGUGACCCCAGAGAUGACCAGAGACAUGAAAUCAGUUCCGCACAGAUACCCUGGGGUCAACACGAAUGACACAGUCGUGUGUGUGUGUGUGUGUGUGUGUGUGUGUGUGUGUGUGAGAGAGAGAGAGGGGAGUUGUUUCCCCUGGGGCUCACACAACUGACACAGUCGUGUGUGUGUGUGUGUGUAUGUGUGUGUGUGAAUGCUGGAGAAAGUUGUGUGUUUUACAGUGCGUCAUCAAUGUGUUUGUGAGUGUGUGUGUGUGUGUGUGUGAGAGGGAGAGAGAGAGAGUCUCUUCCUCCUCUCAUCCAUUCAUCAUAGAGCUACUGUUAGUGUUUACUUGUUUGUUUAUUUGUUUACCUCUGGUGUGUAUUUGAGUGUCACUCUGGGCUGUUAGCUCCUGGAGCGGUGUGCGUGUGUGUGUGUGUGUGUGUGAUCCCAGUUCUUCCACACCCCUCCUCGGCCAGUUUGACAAAAGUGUCUUGGUGCUUAAUCACACAGGAUCUACUCUCAAUCACCUGAGCUUGUUCAUACCCUCUGGAGCUCUUCUACAGCUUUCCGGAACUAUCUGCAGCCUUCCAGAACCUUCCGAGGCCUUCUAGAAUCCUUCUGCACCCCUCUAAAAAGCGUCUGUAGGCUUCUAGAACCCUCUAGAGAGAGAGCCUUGUCCCUGGACAGCUGGACCGGGAGCCUCUCGGAGUUUGGAUCCUCCACAGGUGCAGUGGACAGCGUUCAACGGCAGACUUAAUGACAUCAUGAAACCAAAACAUCCGCGCCAAACCCCAAAGAUUUGUUUCAGAACUCAGAAGUCUGUCUCCAUUGGCCAGAGGUCCAUUUCGUAUCCACCAGGCCUGUUUCCCAGGACCAGAGGCCUGACCAAGAGGGCCGGAUUUUUGAACCAAGUGACAGUCAUUUCAUAUAAGCCACUCUGGGGUUAAGACUGAUUGACAGCCCACUACAUGGCAACAAACUGACUGACCAAUGAGCAUUAGCAUGCCUGUCCCGCCCCAUUUUGCCUGUGAGCCAAUGGGAUGCAGCCAAACCCAUCAGUCUUCCGUUAAAGCGUCUGUGUAGUACUUUCCCAAACCCAGCAUUGUUUGUUUAUGACUUUGUGUUUGUUUGUUUAUUUGUGUUAAUUAUUUUUUAAUUAUGUUUCACUUUUUUGAGUGAAUAUUUUUAUGGUCAAAAUUACUUUUUUAACCUAUCUCUCUUGGCCUUCUGUGCAAAGAUUGUAUUUUAUUUAUGUUUCAGCAAAAAAAAAAAACGAAAUACAAA